CGGAGGCUUACAGGAAGUUGGAGCAGCUGCCAUGUUAGCUAGCUGCUUUGUUGUAGAUUCCUAUUCCUUGUAGGUUUCCUGGAGAAUUUAAGUGUUGCGAUGGAACCGAGUUGGAGUACAUUUUUAUUCCAGCAGGCCAAUGAGGCCCUGCAUCACCAGCACCAGGUGGCCCAGAACAGCCUUCUGCCGCUCCUCAACUCCGGCGCCGAACCGCCAGACCAGAAGCCUGUGCUGCCAAUCCCCUUGGACCACAAGCCGCCCGUCAGCGCCGCGGAACUCCUCAAGGACAAUGUGGCAAGUGGCGCGGGCGGAGGUGGCGGCGGAGGCAUCACUGUGGUGAAGAAGGAACCCAAAUCCAAGACACCCUUCAUCUGCGGCUACUGCAACAAGGCCUUUCGGGACAGCUACCACCUGCGGCGGCACGAGUCCUGCCACACGGGCAUCAAGAUGGUGUCGCGACCCAAGAAGGUGCAGACGGCACCCACCAUGGUGCCACUCAUCUCCACUGUGCCACAUCGUGAGAACAGCGGAAACCCUUCCUACAUUUCCACCAUAGCUGGCAUCCUCACCACGGCAACCACCUCCGCCUCCACGGCCACCAGCAUCAUGUCGCCCAUGCCGCAGCAGCAGAGUCUCCCCAAGAAGCCCGCCAAACCAGUGAAGAAGAACCACGGCUGCGAUAUGUGCGGCAAGGCCUUCCGGGAUGUCUACCACCUGAACCGCCACAAGCUCUCCCACUCCGAUGAGAAGCCGUUUGAGUGUCCUAUCUGCCAGCAGAGGUUCAAGAGGAAGGAUCGCAUGACGUACCACGUACGUUCACAUGAUGGUGGAGUCCACAAGCCUUACAUCUGUUCUGUCUGCGGGAAGGGCUUCUCGAGGGAGAACGGCACGGGACAGAGAGACUGCUGCAGGGGCCAGACUGCACCAGAAGAGAUGGGCCUCCAGUGUCACUCCUGCUCCCAAUGGCCUGACCACCUAAGCUGCCAUGUGAAGCAUGUUCAUUCUUCAGAGAGACCCUUCAAAUGCCAAGUAACGGCCUGCACCUCGGCUUUCGCCACCAAAGAUCGUCUGCGCUCCCAUAUGAUCCGGCAUGAGGGCAAGGUCACCUGUAACAUCUGUGGCAAGAUGCUCAGCGCCGCCUACAUCACCAGUCACCUAAAGACACACGGGCAGGCUAGCUUCAACAACCCCUGUAACAAAGGGCUAAGUGACUGGCAGUGGAACCACUCAGGGCUACGAAAAGGUGAGUUGACGGUAGGAGAGGUCUUAAAUAAGUCGUUCCAAGUCCUUAUUGACAUCUCUCGCACUCAAGAUGGUAGCAACAUUCACAAUUCUGCAACGCCCGUCACCAACUCUGCUGCCAUCACCUCUGCAAUGAACCGUGGCAAUGCUAGCCACCCGGUCACAAUCGCCGCCCAGAUGAACAUUACCACCAGCACGGUCAACAUCCACUCUCCAGUCAACCUACAGCACCCAGUGACCAUUACAGGCCCCGUCAACUUGGCCUCCGUCAACAUCCCAGCAUCAGCAUCCAUGAAUAUUGCCCACCCAGUGGCCAUCACCUCCCCCAUGUCCAUGAAUAUUACCGGGCCCCUCAAUAUUGCCAUGAGGCCCAUGGAUAGCAUGCCUUUUCUCUCCCAAGUCCUGCCUUCCUCUCCACCUUGGUAGAAAUGUUAAACCCCUUAUACUAAUGCCCCCAACCCUGCCCAUAUACACUUCCUACCUUUUACCCGACCCUCUUAGUUUCUAACUAUUUCUUAACUUAGUAGCCCCUCCUCUUACUGUAGAUUAUGUUGUGGUAGUGCGGAGGAUAGGGUGCUAGCCAGAUGCUGUACCCCUCUGUCACUGCAGCAGUAUCAGCAUUAGUUAAAAAGCAGCAUGUGAGAGGGGGACUGGCAAACCCCUGUAGAUGAUAUUUACUGCAUUUAUUUCUCUUCAUCCGCCAACAGACAGUCCUAGAAUCUUGAGGUCUUGAAAGUUAAAUUCAGCUGUUAAGUGAUUCACCAAGUGGAUGGCUGAUGUAAAAAACAGGCGGCUUUUUUUCAUCAGAACAUGCCUUUGGCGUCAAACAAAUCUUUUAACGGUAAUGUGUUGCUGGUAUAAAAUGUUUAAAAUGCUCUUGUAUAGAGCUAAUGUUUUUUUUUUUUUUUUUUUACUAUUUUGUUAUUAUAGCCUGUGUAUGAGUUUUAAUAGUUUUAUGCAUUGUAAGGACUUCAAAAAAGGGACAAAGACAUCCAUUGCCAGAUAGAAAGAUACUUUAAAAUCGAAUUUGUUGACGGAAAACUUUUGGCCACUUGGCAGUAUUUUAAGUAUAUGCCUUUUAAUAUGUUUUGUUAACACUCCCUAGUCCUCCAUUUAAAAAAUGUAUCUGUAAAAUGGACACUCCAAACUUCUAGAUGCUGUAUGCUCAUGUUUUUGUUAAAAUGAUUUGUGUUUUAUGUCUUCAGUAGUUGUAUGACAUGACAGAUUGGUACCAGAACACAGGAAAAGUCUUGCACAGAAAACAUAUCCCCAGGUUAAAUCCUGAAAAUGACAGUAUUUCAAAGAUCAAAAAAUUGUAAGUGUUUCUUAAAGCCUUUCAGUUUAGUGUCCAACGUGACCACCUAGUGGCCUGGUAAAGACCCUAGAAGCAAAGUUCCCAAAGUUCACAAUAUUUUAUUGUGAUAAUGUUUUAUCAUGUUGGUAAAAUGUUUUGUUUUUGUUAGAUUCUUGUGUCCCACUACAUAUUUCAGCUUUUGGUUCCUACAACAAAUAUUUUUUUUUCUCAGGAACCUUACUGAGAGUAGCCCAGUAUUUGACUUUUUGGAGUGAAUGGAAUCAUGAUGAACGCACUAUAUAUUUUUCUUGAACGUACACACCCUGUCAUUGUAAAUAUUAGACACUAUUUUUUUCUUGGCCUGUCAGAACAAUAAAACAGGUCACAGGUUAGGAAAACAGUUACCUUAUCAUUGUUGAUAUGGCCGUCCUAAAUGGAAAGUUUAGGAAUACAUUGGGACUAACGUUCUGUUAUUUUCUUUUGUGGUUUAUAUCCUAAGUUCUCAUUACUGUAGUACCAAAACUGCCACCUGGUUCCCAUGGUUAUACAGCUAGCUGGUAGGUCCUGUCUCAAUGCUCUUUUUGUGUGAAAGGGACUAAGUGAUAAUUAAAAUGAAAAAAAACCAGGUGUUGUCAUAGGGUAAGAAGGAGGAGGUUGGGUAAUUUACCCAAGGACAGACCGCUUACCUUCUCAGCCAACUGACUCUGCCCACGCUUAUAUCAAGUAAUAAAAUCUCACCACAAAGGAAGUCUUUGAAGCACUUGUAGCUGACAGUGGUUUGCGUAAACUGCAUUGCACAUCUUUGGAGCUGUAUUUUGACACUUGAUAAUGUGUUAUACACGGAAAACAGUGGACUUUUGUGCUCUGGUGGGUAACUUUUUCCUUGAAUCUACAUUGUAGCAGCAAGGUGUUUGAGGCCUUUGAUAGUAUUGCAUGCAUGACAACACAGAAUCAAGGAAAUUGCUCAAAUCUGGAAUGGCAUUUUGAUUUUGUCAAUGGAUUUCCUUCCUACUGGUCUCUAAAAUGUUGCAUGUGGACGAUGGAGCUUGCUCAGUAUGAGGUUGAGUUCAAAACUGUCAUUAGAUGGCUAGUGACUUUUUAUAUUGUAAUAAAACACUAAAAAAAUUAGGUUUAAUGUAUGCGUGUGGUAUCGUUUGUCCUUCUGCAGUGGCCGUAAUAACUAGUGUGCCUGAACUGCUUUUGCAAGAUUAUUCCACACUUCAAUGCUUCCUACUCUAGCUGUGUGUGAUGGACUUUAUUUGUGAAGAAGCCUUCACCAACCUAAACGAGCAAAACAGCUCGGUCAACCAAAUUGUUGUACACCAUGCGCCAUACAUUAAAUUUAACCAAAUGUUUCUGAUUUGAUUACAACGGUUGAACUUUGAGUUGGAAGAGAAAGAUGCAAAUCUUCCUGUCGUUAUUCUUGAUGAAUUGGCAUGAUAUUGUGAAGGCAGAUGAAUGUAUAUCUUUGUACAAAACCAUUAGUUCAGAGGACAUGUUAGUUAUGAUAGACAUAUGAAAGGAAAAAAACAAGAUAACAUUUUAUAAAACUUUUUGUAUUAGAACAUUAACAAUGGUAAUUUUGUAUAUAAAAAGCUAGGCUUUCUGAUUAGCAGAAAGGUAAAACAUUCCUACAUUUUUUUUAAAUGUACUGUCUGUCAAGAAUAAUUAUGUAAACAUUAUGCGCAAUGUUUUAUGUGCCUUUUAUUUGGGUUGUCUAAAUAAAAAACGAUGAAACAUGA